UCGCUCGUUCCUCCAUUUCGCUGCGUCGAAAGUCUCCUCCCCGCAACCGCUAGAUUCAGCGAUCCAAACCCAGUCUCUCUCGGACCGGUCUUUAACUUGCUCAAACGAACCUGCCAGUACCUCGUUGGGUACCGAGAGGUAGUUUGGAAAACCCCAAUCACGGAUUGAGUGCGAUUUGACGCGGAUGGUGACUCCUUCAACGACAAUUUAGUAAAAGAAAAGUGCUUGAAAAUUUCAGAUGCUGCGGUGUCUUUGAUCUCAUCAUCCUGGAAGUGGAAAGUACAAAAGAGACUGGGCCUAAACCACAUACAGGUGCUGUGUGUAGCAGAAGCAGUCCAGAAGGAGGAAGACUUAGGGAGGAGGUGGUGCAGCAGCGCACCCCUCCGGCUGUGGCUGUGCUGGGUGGCAUCCCAACGGCUACACAGAAUGUGGCCGGGCCACCCCAGCAUGUCCUGCAGCCGGUCCCAGCUGCCUCACUACCACCACCACUACUUGUCCCUGCCACUGAGAUGGAGCAGCAGAAAGCAAAUACACCGGCUGCAAAUGAAGAGCAGUCUGCCACAUUGGAUUGGCAAAAUUGCAACACCCAUGAGCCUAAGGAGAAGUCAGCCUUGGACUGCAGUACUGAAGCUGUCCAAAGACAACCUGUGCCUAUGGCUGCAGGAAGUUCACAUAACACACUCUCAGACAGACUUUCAUCUUGUGACACAGUCACUGUUAGAAAGGGGCAGGAUUUGCAUUAUGAGUAUAACACUGAGAAAACAAGUCUUGAACAAAGGGAGACAGAAACGGCUCAAGGAACUGACCAUUGCCAGGACUGUACCUCUAUCCCUGGAGCUGCAGAUAAGAAUAAAACGGGACCCAUGGCUCCAGAGAAAGCAUAUCUGGAAUGCAAAUCAAAGACUGGUAAAGAGGAUAUAUGUGGAACAAAGCACACAGCACCACAACAAAGCACCUGUAUCCCCACAACUCAGUUCAGCUCAGCAGACUCUACUGCACAUACAACAACAGACAGAGACCACAAGCAACCUGGAGACACAGAGCAGUAUCAAACGGUACCGUCUCUGCACUCUGCUCAGGGUGGUUUACUGCUUGAAUGUGAUGUCCAGCAAAUUGUGCAACAGCCUCUUGGAGCAACAAUCAUCACAGCCAAUGCAGAAGUACCUAUUGAAUCCGGCAUUAUCAGUAGUUCAAUGGAUGAAGUCACAAAAGAGGGACUUGCAGCAAACGAAGAAGGGGUUGUUGGUUCGAGUUCAACAUCUUCUGAAAAAGAGUGGCAUUACUCGGACUCAGGAGGGUUAUCUGCAAAGGGAGGAGAAUCUGUCUCUGGACUACCUGUUCUCACAGGAAAUGGAACUGGCACGCCAAAUAACACAGGCGAGGAUGAUGGAUGCGUCACUGAAAGUUCCCAGCAACCUUCUCCUGUUGCAGUUUCCAUCCCUAAUGCUCCCUUGCUUCAGAAAACACCCAAUCCCUCGAACCAUCCUCAGAACACACACGUUACACAAGCGAACCAGCUGAGCCCUGACUGUGUGAACUGCUGUGAAACACCUAAAUCUGUUUUAAUAGGGAACAAAACUAGCAUGAGUGGGGUAGAGGAGAUAAAGACGGUUUCUUUAGAUGAAACAGGAGUAGAUUGUGAUAUUUCUGUUAAAGAACCAAAGGUGUUGGGGGAUAAGACAUGCACUCACAACAUACAGUCCCCCAAAGUGACUGAAGGGUCCCAUGUGGUUGCUUGCAGCACAUCACAUGGGAUUGUGAAACAGAAUGAAUUUGCUGAAAGCAUACAAAUGAGUCCAUAUCAAGAUCACCAGCCAGAUGGGAGCUAUAUACUAGGCAAAAACAAAUGUACAAAUUCAGAGGGAUUAGACUCAGAUGAGCCAUGUCCCUCCCAGGUUAAUAAUGACUGUUUGAUUCAACAAGAGCAAGAAUCCAAUCUAGUAGUUCAUAAGCUCACACAGAUGGAAUGCCUAAAUGAUGGUAUUUCAACAUCUGAUAAUAUUAAUGUGGAUGAAAAGCAUGAUGUAGUUUCAGAUGCUUUUUCUGGACUCAAUGCUGUUGAAAUGAAAGAUUUAAUUGACGUAGGUAUUCUUGUGCAGCCAGGGAUGGAGGACACAUGGUUAGUGGUAAGCGAUCACUCUCCAUUGAUAGAUGGGCAGUGCCAAAGUACAGAGGAAGCUGAGAUGAUCGAUGUUAGCACAGAAGCUAUGGGGCAUUGUUCUGAAUCACAGACAUCUGUUGCUGUCUAUGAGUGCACAGUACCCUGCUUUCCCCAAGAUGCUCUUCAAGAAGCUGCUAAUCUGCUGUUACCAGAAAAAGAUGUAGAAGUACCUGUAGAUAAACAUUCUUUUGAACCUUUAACAGAAUCAUUAACACAAGACAUUGAUACUCUUCCCUCGCUUCCAUCAACCAUUUUAGCAUCACAGAAUGUUUUAUCUUCCCCAGCCUCUUUAACCUCUUCAGCAAAUAUUUGCAUACAAAAUAUACAAACUACAUUUUGUUCCAGUGAUGAGAAUACAACUAGUGUAUUAGAUUCUCCCCUAAUUACAAGCCCUUCUACUGUGCAAGAAGAACAAACAAAGUGCACAGAAAGUAAAUCAGAUUCAUCCCAGAUUUGUCUUUCAUCGAGUGUUCUCGAUCCAAAGUUGCUUAUACUAAAGAGAGGUGAGGCUUUCCUCAAGCAACCUCGAAUGUUGACUCUAGUUUCCAGGAACCAGAGCCCAUCUGGUACCCCAAUUGAUUGCUUAGACAGAAUCUCUGUAGAGUGCCUUUCAGAAUAUGACUUAACUACGGACGGUGCAGCUGAAAAGGCAGCCCAGAUACCUCUCAGCUUUCAUGUCCUAAAUGCUCCCUGUAAUGUUACUGCCUCAGCUUCAGAGGAUGAGUCUAAAAAACAGGCCUUAAUCAAAUCAGAACCUUUUCUAGCAAUUGAAAAACAGAUUCCUUCCGAUGAUUCUUUAUUGAAUUCUGCGUCAUGUACCCAAACUCAGACCCAUAACUCACCAAGACUGCCUUCCAGGUCAGGCAGUAUGUGUAGUAGCAUCACUGAUCAGUCUGAAGGUCCUGCUAACCAGCCAUGCCAAGAUUCUAUGCUGUUUGAGGUGGAGGAACAUUUACCAGUUCAACAUUUGGAAGAAAUAAAGGAUGCCCAAGACAACACUAUGGAGCAGCUGGAUGCUUCUAUAGGAGAGAGCAGUGAGGGAGAAGCAGAUGGUUCUUUAGAAGCCCAGACCAACGAAAGCAUUGUUAUUCCCAGUCCAGUGCAAAAUACGGUUCGCCAGUGGAUAGCAGGCAGGGGUACAUCAAGCUCCACUCCCUCCACAUCUCGUACACCUUCGCCACCUCCCACUUCCUCCUCUGUAGACUGCAAACACAGUUUGCCCUCUCCCCAGAACUCUGCUGGAGCCUCUCAUUCAGAUCAAACAUUCAGCCAGCGACCUCGCUCAGAGAAGCACACUGAUAUGGCAGAAUUGGCCAAACAUGAAGCAGAGAUUGAGCAUCGGUCACUUGCGCUGAAACGUGAGGGUUUCUGGUCGUUAAAACGGUUAUCUCGUGUAGCCGAGCCACUCCGGACCAAGGUACAUUGGGACUACCUUUGUGAGGAGAUGCAGUGGCUUUCUGCUGACUUUGCACAGGAGAGACGCUGGAAAAGAGGCGUAGCCAGAAAAGUGGUCCGGAUGGUGAUGCGCCACCAUGAGGAGCUACGGCAGAAAGAGGAAAGGGCAAAGCGUGAAGAGCAUUCCAAACUGAGAAGGAUUGCUGCGUCCAUUGCAAAGGAAGUCCGUGUGUUUUGGAGCAGUGUUGAGAAGGUUGUGCAGUACAAACAACAAUCUAGGCUUGAAGAGAAGCGUAAGAAGGCCCUGGAUCUGCAGCUCGACUUUAUUGUCGGCCAAACAGAGCGCUACUCUGACCUGCUUAGUCAGUCUUUGCAAGCCACGCCUGCAGCCCCGACCAGCGUACACACUCGACAGAGUCAGCCUAAUGUACCUGAGGACGAUGAUAUUGACUUUGAGCCUCCGUGUGAGGAGGAGGAUGAUGAAGAGACAAUUGAAGUGGAGGAGCAGCAGGAGGGGAAUGAUGCAGAGUCUCAAAGAAAGGAGAUUGAGUUAUUGAAGCAGGAGAGCACACUGCCACUAGACCAGCUACUCAGUACACUCACGCUCCCCCAGGGCUCUGCAUCUGAGGAUGAAGCAUCUGAUGAUUCUUCCUCUACAGUUGAAGAUGAGGACAAAGAGUUUUCAGCUAAUGAGGAAGAUGCGGAGGAUGUGGAAGACACCAUUGCUGCGCAGGAGGUGAUUGAGGGAGAUGGAGACCAUGCAGUGGAACUUGAUGACUUGGCUAAAGAGGGUGAGUUGAGUAUGGAGGAGCUUUUAGAGAAGUACAAAGGGGCUUACGCCUCUGACUAUGAAGAACCUUCAGCAUCACCAGAGUCCUCAGAGGGAACUGAAGAUGAAGAAGAGGAAGAGACCGAGGGAGAUGAAAGUGAUGAUGCCUCCUCAGAUUCAGCAGAACACAGUGAUGAAGAAGAUGAUGCUGAAGCUGAAGAAAGUGAUGAGGAGGAUGAAGAUGAUGGAGGAGAGGGGAUGGAGGUUUUAUUAAGGGAGGGAGAUCACAGCCCCACUUUCCCCACAUCUCCACGUCCCAAAAAAGAGAUCAGCCAUAUAGCUGCUACUGCUGAAAGCCUUCAACCUAAAGGAUAUACCCUGGCCACAACAAGUGUGAAAACACCUAUUCCAUUCUUACUUCAUGGCAACCUACGAGAGUACCAGCACAUCGGACUUGACUGGUUGGUCACCAUGUAUGAAAAGAAGCUUAAUGGUAUCCUGGCAGAUGAGAUGGGACUUGGAAAAACUAUUCAGACUAUUGCCCUGCUGGCACAUCUAGCUUGUGAAAAAGGUAACUGGGGCCCUCACUUAAUCAUUGUGCCCACCAGUGUAAUGCUGAACUGGGAGAUGGAGCUGAAACGCUGGUGCCCUGGCUUUAAAAUUCUCACCUAUUAUGGCAGCCAGAAAGAGCGCAAACUUAAGAGACAGGGAUGGACCAAACCCAAUGCUUUUCAUGUGUGCAUCACUUCAUAUAAGCUGGUUUUGCAAGACCAUCAGGCAUUCAGGCGCAAGUCCUGGAAAUACCUCAUUCUGGAUGAGGCACAGAACAUCAAAAACUUCAAGUCCCAGCGUUGGCAAAGUCUGCUAAACUUCAACAGUCAUCGGCGGCUACUGCUUACUGGUACUCCGCUGCAGAACAGUCUGAUGGAGCUGUGGUCGCUCAUGCACUUUCUCAUGCCGCAUGUCUUCCAGUCCCAUCGUGAGUUCAAAGAGUGGUUCUCCAACCCACUGACUGGGAUGAUCGAAGGCAGUCAAGAAUAUAAUGAGGGACUUGUGAAACGGCUGCACAAGGUAUUAAGGCCCUUCUUGCUCCGGCGUAUCAAAGUUGAUGUAGAAAAACAAAUGCCCAAAAAAUAUGAGCAUGUUGUCCGCUGCCGCCUCUCCAAAAGACAGCGCUUUCUCUAUGAUGACUUCAUGGCACAGGCCUCAACGAAGGAAACCCUAGCCAGUGGACACUUCAUGUCUGUAAUCAACAUCUUGAUGCAGUUGCGUAAAGUGUGUAACCAUCCCAACCUCUUUGACCCACGUCCAAUCCAGUCUCCCUUUAUCACUGAGACUAUAACAUACACCACUGCCUCCCUGGUUCUGAGAGCAUUAGAGACAUCCCCUUUCCAGUGCUGUGACCUAUCAAUGUUUGACCUGAUCGGUCUGGAAGGCCGUGUUUCUCGGUACCAAGCAGAUGUUUACCUUCCACAAAGGAAAGUAACAUGCCAGCUGAUCCAGGAGAUAAUGGAGUCUCCUGAGCCUUCACCUAGACCUAAACCUAUUCGAAUGAAGGUCAACAGGAUGCUUCAGCCACUCCCCAAGUCUGAUGGACGUUCAGCAACAACACUGAAUAACCCUCGGCCCACAUGUCCGGUCUCUCCUGCAGUUCAGCCUCCAUGGCCACCUCUAAUUACAGAGGUCACCCAGGUUCCUGUACGGCCGACACCUCAAGUUUCUCCUGUCAUUUCUGUUGCUGCUCCACAAGCUCCUGUAUGUCAAAGUGUUACCACCACGGGGUCUGCAAACCCAGUUUUGAGUAUUCGGCAUGCUUCACCUUCCACUGCCCCAACAGUACCCGUCACCCCUCAACCCACCAGCAAUGUCAUGACACAGAGAGUGCUCCUCAGCCCUGAUAUGCAGGCCAGAUUACCAUCUGGAGAGGUGGUGAGUAUUGCCCAGCUGGCCUCCUUGGCUGGUCGUCCAGUGUCGUCCAGUCAGGGCAGUAAGCCUGUCACAUUUCAACUGCAGGGUAACAAACUCACCCUAUCUGGUGCUCCGCUACAAGUGCCUGUUGCCCAGCCACGGUCUAUCCAAGGAAAUGUAAUGCAUCUGGUAUCCAGCGGUGGGCAGCACCACCUUAUUAGUCAGCCAGCUCAGGUUGCCGUUCUCCAUACGCUUAGUCAGUCAGGUAGCAUCUCAGCAAAUCCCAACCCAACCAGCACAAUCCCAUCCUGCUCUGGACUAGCGGUACCUCUCACUGCUGCUCAAGUUCCAUCACCAGGAAUUGUAAAGAUUGUUGUUCGCCAAGCAGCAGGAAAAGAAGUUGGGCAGGUCCCAACUCUGGCUGUGCCCCCAUCUCCUCGUGUUGCACCUCCGCAGUCAGUUUUGUUGCACCCACAUGGGACCCCAAGCUCCGCUCUCAGACCUCCUACUCCACAACAGCCUUCCCAGCAACUUCCUGUUCACCCUACACCACCUCAAGCUCCUACCUCAAACCCUGGACAGACUCCACCACCACGUUCAGUGCUUAAGGUGACGGAUGAAAAAUCUCCAAGCACAGCUAAGGCAAAUGCUUCAUUAGUAGUUGAAGAGAGCAGUAGUGAUGUUCUUACUCUUAAACCCAUGUCCUCGUCUCAAAGUCGUGCAUCUGGAUGUCAACGUCCGCGAAUCCAUCCUCAACCACCACGAACCCCAUUUCACCUGACAUGGCUUGCAGAUCGUCAUAAGGCCAAGAGAGAUGGUCGGAUCUCUCAAAUCUUUCGAGUAAAUGAAUUACACUGCAAUGUAAAACCUGUGUUUGGUCAAGAGGUUCUGGAUUUUCUUACCUUCCUCCCAGGCGCUAGUUCUAUUCCAGCCCGACCUAUCUGUAACAGGUGGCACCACUCAGGAUAUAGUUCCUGUCUCAUUGCUCAAUCCCAACAUAAGAGUGAGUACCUGUACCAGAGCAAACUUCUCAGAGAAGCAAUUAACAGCUUUGAGGAAAGGCUCCACCUGAUGUCUGAGGUGAUAAACAGGUUCACAUUUGUCAUCCCUCCAGUGGAGGCCAAAUCUGUCACCAUGCAUAGCUGCCAUCCACCUCCUUCUCUUGGCUACCAGCAAGCUCUCUUUUCCUCCAGACUGUCUACUCAUCUUUCUCCACUCAUGCAUACGGUGCAUCGCAUUCGCUGCAAUAUGCGGACACAUUUCCCUGAUUUGCGACUUAUCCAGUAUGAUUGCGGCAAGUUGCAGACUCUCCAUCUUCUGCUGCGGAAACUGAAGUAUGAAGGUCACAGGGUACUAAUAUUUACUCAGAUGACCCGCAUGCUGGAUAUACUAGAGCAGUUCCUCAACUACCAUGGGCACAUUUACUUACGGUUGGAUGGCAGCACACGAGUAGAACAGAGACAGGCCCUGAUGGAACGUUUCAAUGCAGAUCGUCGUAUCUUCUGUUUCAUCUUGUCCACCCGUAGUGGUGGUGUGGGAGUAAAUCUGACUGGGGCUGACACAGUGGUGUUCUAUGAUAGUGACUGGAACCCCACCAUGGAUGCUCAGGCUCAGGACCGCUGCCACCGAAUUGGACAAACCAGAGAUGUUCACAUCUAUAGAUUAAUCAGUGAACGGACCGUGGAGGAAAACAUUUUGAAAAAAGCCAACCAGAAAAGAAUGUUGGGAGAUAUGGCAAUUGAAGGGGGUAACUUCACAACUGCAUUUUUUAAAGAGCAAACGAUCAGAGAAUUGUUUGAUGUAUAUGAAGGAGAAAAGAAGGAUGCUGAAUCGAGUGUACUUCUGUCAGAUGACGAGGAAGCCAUCAACAAACAACAAACUACUAUUCUGGAGCAGGCUUUGUGUCGUGCUGAGGAUGAAGAGGACAUAGUAGCAGCUUCCCAAGCCAAAGCAGAGCAGGUGGCCGAGUUGGCAGAAUUUAAUGAAAAUAUUCCUCUGGAUGAUGGUGAGAGCAGAGACCAAGAAGAGGAGGAACUUUCCAAAGCUGAGCAGGAAAUUGCUGCUCUUGUAGAACAGCUCACUCCCAUAGAGCGAUAUGCCAUGAAUUUUCUGGAGGCAUCUCUUGAGGAAAUUUGCAAAGAAGAACUAAAGCAGGCUGAGGAGCAAGUUGAAGCUGCAAGAAAAGGAUUAGAUCAGGCAAAGGAGGAGGGUCUCAAACUGCAUCAGUCAUCUGAUAAUGAUGACGACUCCAUGCCUCACACUCCUGAGGAACACCUGCCAGCUCGGCGUACACGCAGACACAGAGAAAAAGGUGCCCCCUCUACAAGGGUCAGUGGUAGGCUUAGAGGGGCGCCAGCUAAAAUGGAUAUUUCUACAACUCCUCCAUCCCCAGACAGGGAGAAAGCGAGGAGAGUGGAGACAAGUGUGAACCGUGCCUCUGGCCCUAGUUUAAGUCUGAAGUCCUCCCAGUCCAAAGAAGUGCCUGAAAGACUGCAUGGUGACAUGCAAGGAAGAGCAGAAAAUGAAGAUGUGGCCUCCUCAACAUCCAUAGUUGGGGCGCCUCAGAAACUCCAAAUUGAUCAGCAGCUCUCUGAUGCAGAAAGAUCCAGCAUACCAUCACAAUAUAACAAACCCCUCCCUACAGUGCCUUCAGAUGCUGCCUCUUUAUCAGUGGACCGACACUCCAGUGUACAUACUUCAACACUAACAAUAUUGAGAGAUACAGCGGAUGAGCAUGGGAUAGAGACAGACAACACCACCACACAGCAUUUGAUGAGAGAGAGAAGGGCAUCUAUAUCUUCAGAAUCUAUUUGCUCUCCAGAACAUCAGUCAGACCAGGAUGGCCAGCAUUCACUCUUUCCUUCACUGUCAUCUCCACAUUCUCGUUCACCACGUAAGCGCCAGUCUGCUGAUGAAGAGGUCCUGAAGGGCCUCCCCGAAGAUUCUCCAUCUGCAAAGGUUCUUAGAAAGCUUCCUGGGCGCCUUGUCACUGUAGUUGAAGAUAAGGAACCAAAGCGAAGGAGAAGGGGGGAAUGUGGAAGUGGAGGAGUGCACACUGAAGGGUCCUCUGAAGAGACAGAGCAGGCUGAAUCCUCACAAGAUACAAUUCCCCUUUCACCAGUCCAAUCACCCAAUGAGAAGUCUCUUAUUAAAUCACCUUCAGCAUCCACCCCUGAGACACAGCAAGGACAGGAACAGGCGUCCCCUUCCUCCCUCACAAAUUCAGGGAGAGGCUACCACCCUUACUCACCUACACACCAUUCACCAGACAUGCCUGUCCUUCGGAACUUACCGGUACGCCGGCGCUUGGAGACGGAAUCUCGCAUGGCUGCUCAAUUAGGAGAGCAGUUCCUAAUUAAAGGCAGAGGGCUUGACAGACGAGCUCCACUGUCGCCAAAGAAACAGGAGUCUAUUUCAUCUAAGGAUGGUAGUUCCAUUCCCAAUGUUGCAUCUGAUGCUAAUGUAAUCUAUUUCUCACCUGGGAAGCGUAAAAGAGGUCGGCCCCCCAAAAUGUCCCCUAAGCCACAAGAACCCCCAGAACAGGAUAUCCCUGUUACAGCUAAAUCUACAAGUGACGAACAAAGUCCACCUCAGUCACCAAAACGGAAGAGAGGACGACCUCGCAAAGAUUCUACUACAAAUGCAGUAGACAGUGGUAAACCUGAAAAUGAAGCAAGCGGUCAUACAAGCCUGUCCUCAACUUCACAGGAAAGUCUUUCAGCUGAAAACCUUAACUCACACAGUUCAAGUCUUGGGCCUUUAACUGUGCCCUCUGUUCCUGAAUGUUCAAAAAUAAACUCUGAAACCUAUGGUGUGCUUGAAUUGUUUAAAACUGCAGACUCUCCCCAAUCUCCUAAAACAGACACUCCAACCUCUCAGUUCAAUACGCCCUCACCUCAAACACAUUGUGUAAUCUCAGUUUCACAAACAUCCACCGUAGAACCGUCAAAUGUUCAGACAAAUUUGAAGGCCACAGCUCCAAACUCUGUUUCUCCAGACCUUUCCCUCGAAGCUGUACCACAAAUUCAGACAGAAAAUGCUGCUCAGUCCAACACAAAUCCUUUAUCACAACUGCCUGCUCCAACUCCCAGUGAGGGUUUUGUUGGCUCUUCUAGGCCUACCACUGAAUGCAUAACUACAUCUACAUCCUCAAUUUGUCAAAACAGUCAAGUUACAACAAUAUCCUCCGAGCUCUCAACUCUGCCAGAUAAAGGCAAUGCUUCAGAGAUGUCUCUAAAAUCUAUGCCUAUUGAAUUGAUCGAACAACCAAAACUUGAAAACAACAUAUUAGGUGCAAGUCCUCUAUUAAUCUCUGUUAGUGACACCUCAACUGCAUUUGGCCAAACAUGUCAGCUUGAAAAAGCUGAUCGAAUAUCAGUUCCUGACAUGACUCAGUCUUCUGUACAACCUGAUAUACCACUGGAAACUACAUUUAAUCUAAACCAGAGAAAUGUUCUUUCUCAACCUAAGCAUGAACUAACACAAACAACCCCCAUAUAUUCAAGCCAAAUACCGAUCGCCCCUGUAUCCUCUCUCAAUUCUCUUGAAAUACAGGCAUCUGUCUCCCCUAAGCAAUCACCUGCGUCCAGGCAGAGAACUGGGUCUGUUGAAGAACAGAGAAUUGAGAAUCAGCAGGACCCUUCUGCACCAAAAGAACAUGGCUUAUUUGAAUCUACAGAAGAAAUGCAUAUAGACGUCUCUGAAAAGUCUGAGAAAGCAGAGAGAGAUAAUAGCCAGUCAAAGGCAAAAAAGAGGAAAUUGGAAAAUUUGCCAGAGGAUCGGGGGUCUGCUACACUCUUAAUCUCAGAAACGCUGAUGCAAACCACUCCUGUGAAUGUUGUGGCUGAUGCACAACUAGAAGAGGAGAGUCAGACAAAAAAUCAAGAGUGCAAAAGAACAGACAAAAAAAGAAACAUUUGUCGACAAAGCAGUCAGGAAUCUAUUCGCUCCUCGUCUCCGUCUUCUGUUUCUUCCAGCGGUACACUCUCAUCUCAGUCAAAAAAAUCUGCAGAGAGCAGUAUUCCAGCAAAGAGAAAGCGAAUGGAGAGAGAUUCAGGAAAAUUUAAAGCGUCUGAUCAAGAGCCAGUGAAACCUGAGAGUCAGUGUUGUUCUUCCUCUGAUUCAGAAGACUCCACUGGUCAAGAAAGACGUCUUACCCGUUCAUCACUCAAAAGUUUGGAGAAAGAGACCAUUAGCGAUAAAGGUGACAAAAACAGUAAUGGGCGCAGAAGGUCUGACAAGAAAGCGACCAAAGAACCGGAGUCUACUGCAUCCACACCUGUUAGGGUAACCCGUAAAUCCAUAGGCAGCCAACCUAUUUUAAAACUGACUUCACCAAACUCAUCUGAGCCUGAGGUGCUAGGCAAACGAUGCUCAGCACUCAAUGCAGCUGCUAAGCUUUUGGCAAUGAGAGGAAAGGGACCAGAUCCACCAAGUUCCAGUACCAAAUCAAAAGCUAUACAAGGACAGCAGUCCACUCCUGAUAAAAUCAGUAAGUCUAAAGGCAAACAAGACCAGGACUUCCCUAAGACAAAUUCAGUUGUUAUCAAAACAGAGUGUAGUCGACAAACCCCUACCUGUUUAACAGAUUCCCCACCAUCCACCACUGGAACAGGUCACACUGCCUCCCGCUCUACUCGACAAAGACCAGGAAAUCUUGUGCCUCCUUUGGAAACUGAAGUUAAAAGAGUCAAAAAAGAGGAAAAGAAAAAAAACUCGGAUCAGAAGGAGGAAGCUGAGGAAGAAAACCGAGAGACAAGGUCUUCAAGAGGGCACAGUGCUUGCAGUAGUGUAAGCAGUGAAAGAGGUGCAGGCAGCAGCAGGAGCCGGAGUAGCAGCAACAGCAGCCAGUGCACGCGCAGCUUGAGCUCACGAAGCACUGGUCCGCCACACUCGCACUCAAGAGCUCCUUCAUCUGGUAGUGACACAGAGAAAGGGAAAGGCUGGCAGAAGAAAACAGGAGAGAACCGAGGCCGUGAAAGCAGGAGAGAAAGGCAUUCAAAAAAUAAUGAGAAGCCAGAACCCAGUGCUGGAUCAAAUGAGGGAACUCCUGACAGGGUGCUGAGGAGUGUUGCUGCACUGGCAGCAGCUCAGGCUCGCACUCCAGCUAGCAACACUCGUUCUUCCUCCAGUCAACAACGUCAGUCCAAAACUUGAUUUAGGAUAAGAGAUAAUAACUGAACUUCAGUAAUGAGAGCAAGGUUUUUACGGGUUUUAAGGAAAGGGGAUCAAACUUGCCAUUCUUUAACACUGUCUGGGAGACGUCAAAUUGAGUCUAUUGCAUUUUGCAAUAAGAACCAAACUUGGGUGCAUUCUCAACUAUUAAGCCAUCUUGAGUGUGAAGAGGAAACAGAGAUGCAGGACAGAUGUGGAGAUGUUUACCCAUUUAAAAAUAUGGCAUUUGUAUGGUCUUAGUAAUAAGAUCAAAAGGACUGUACCUAACUAUACCACAAGGACUUUGGACAGCUGGGCAAGGGGCAAGAGUUGUUUAGUUCACACUAUGUACUGUAGUCAUUUAAAGACUGGAAUACUAAAAGAAGUAUCUGUUAAAUGGGUCAUGUGUACCCUUUAUACAGAGUUUACUUGUGCUGCAAAGGUUGCAUAAAGUAAUUUAUGCUAUAUUUGAAAGAGUAAGUCAUUGUUAAAACAUUUUUAAGCAGCUGGGCUAUACAAAAUGUUUGCCUAGUUGUUGACUAUUGUUUGUUUCAAGUCAGUUGAUAAAUUAAGAAUAUUAUGUGGUUUCUUCCAGGGUAUGAAGAGGGCAGGUCUGUAAAUGUGAUUUUGCUGCACUAUGCUGGAGUUAGUCUCUACUCAGACCUCCAUGUCUUGUGUAAUUUUUCUUUUUCCCUAUAAGUUUCUUUUAAGUCCAGGCUGCAUUUCUCCAUUUGCACAUCUUACAUAAUACCCCUGGAUAGUUUUUUUUUUUUUUUUUUUUUUGUUUUUUUUACAGUGCUUUCAAUCAAGUUAAUUAAUUACUGGUACCUCACACUAUGUAUAUCUGAGCUUGUGAAAAUAUCUUGAAGUCUGCUUGUCCUUUGCUUUCUGGCAAUAUGGAGAUGAAAUGCAACCUCAUCAAAAAAAAAAUUCACCUUUUUCAGAGUAUUAUUGGUCAACUUUCUAUUAAACUUUGUUGUUGAACAGUGUCAAGUUAGUGUGACAAAGUGAGAGUGCCUGUUGAUCCACAUAGGACUGGGUCCCUGUAUGCCUUGUUAAGAAAUCAAAAUUGGGCUUCAAAGAUUUUUAGUGUUUCAAGUGUAAUAAAGAAAUUUUCCAUCCAGAACUACAGGAGGUACAUCUGUGUUAAUGUCCAACCAAACUGAAGACACCUCUUUAGUGUACAUUGCUGUUGUCAUCCUUUUUUUAUUCAUCCUUUUUAUGAUAAAAGAAAUUCUUCUGCAUAAAACUUUAGAAUUUUUUUUUUCCAGCAAACCCUUGACAGUUAGUUGCUGUCAUUAUCCCAUUUUGGGGUAAAUACUUGUUUUGGGGAAUGGGUAGAAUGUGGUGAUAGUCUUAUUUUUAUUUUGUCUCUUUGAAUGUUACAUUCCUUUUGUUCCCAUGUAAUUCCACAUUGUUUUACUUGAAAGAUUGAAACGACAAAAGUCAGUUGAAUAAAAAGACCAAAAAUAGCAA